AUGGCUCUUGCUGCUUCUGCCACCACUUUCAGGAUGAUGAUGUGCCCGGAUUCUCCUGAUUCUACCCGUGCUGUGCGAGGCGCGGACAAUGCCAUUGACUCAUACAUGCAUACCGCUCGCCGUCGACAACAGGGAGAGGAUCGGUUCUAUCGCCCACGUCCCGAGUCGGAUCGAUUCGAUGUCCGACGACAACGAGGGGAUGAUCUGGAUAAUGAACACCACCACUCCCCACGCGGCACCAAUUCUUCUGCUGGAAAACGUACCUACAACAACAACCACAACAAGCACAAGGGCGUCGAUAAGCUGAACCGUCGGCCCAGUCCCUCCUGUGUGGCGCAAGCCUUUCGAACGCAUCAACGAGUCACCCGCAAACUGUCAGCAGCCGAACCGGCCGUGAUUUCUCGUCCCGAACCUCGGCAAGACACGAAAUUGUCGACUACUGGAGCCACCAAGUCACAACAUCGACCUGUCACUACUAGCAGGAGUAGAGACAACUCAUUCACCAAGAACAACCGCAACACUACUACUACGUUUAUUGAAAUUGAACCAGGUGUUCAAGCCGAAUUGCGCAAGACAGAAGAAACACUGCAAGCUGUCUCCAACAACCAAUUCCUCGCGGCAUCCUGCUUGAGUUGCCAUCUUGACUUGUACUGCAUGGCGGAUGCCAAAUACAUGAUUUGCCCCGUUUGUCGCGUCAUGAGUCCUGUACUGUCCAAUAAUAGCGGCAGUGGUCAUGGGGUGGCAUUGGGAUUUACACCUGCUACAUUGCAAGAAAUGAAACAGCAAUAG